CUCAGGACAGAAGGGGGCGGGGCCUUACGAUCGGCUUUACUCACUGGAAACAACCUCCGGUAACCUUCCGCCAUACACAGAGACGCACACAUACGGUCCGUCUACCUCUUCUCCCGCAGACGGCAGCGCCGCCGCCGACGAAGACGACCGUCCUCGGCAUACUUUUUGGGCAGAAUAUUCCGUCGGGGGGAUUUUAAUGCCUGAGCUAAUCCACCUCCAUCUAGCACUACUCUCGGGUAGUUUGCCGAGUGUAUCUUUUGGCGACGUGCUGCGGCGCGGGGCUGUAUUAAUCCGCAAGGUGUGUCUCGGUGGUCUCUCCCAGCCCCUCUCUGGAUGCAUCCAGCUCCUCUGCCCCCGGGCCCUGGACCCGGUGUGUGACCCCGCCGUCCUCCCCUCUUUCCCCUUCAGAGACCGUCGCCUUCCCGCCGCCCGUUCUCUGCCCGGAGGCGGUGGACCGCGGCGACAUGGUGGCCUCCCGCCGGCGCGAGCCCCUCACCGUGAGCGGCGGGGCCGCCUCAGAGGGGAGGGUCCCGCAGUCCGACUGCACCCCGCAUCACUUCAAGCCCUUCAGCUCGCAUGCGCACUACCAGCAGGUGAUGCGUGCAUUUGGUAAGCUUCAGGAGAGCGGCUUCUACUGGGGAGCAGUGGGAGGCCGCGAGGCCAGCUCCCUGCUCCGCUCGGAGCCCCCCGGAACCUUCCUGAUCCGCGACUCGUCGGACAACCGCCACUUCUUCACGCUGUCGGUGCAGACGGCGCGCGGCACCAAGAACCUGCGCGUCCACAGCGAGUGCAGCGGCUUCUUCCUGCAGCCCGACGCGCAGUGCACCCAGGAGCCGCCGCGCUUUGACUGCGUGCUCAAGCUCAUCGCGCACUACAUGGGCAAGGGCCCCGCCAGCCGCGCCGCUGAACCCGGAUCCGGACGCACCGUCUAUCUGAUCCACACCGGCGGCGAGCGGAUCCCGCUGGAGCUGCGGCGGCCGCUCCUCAACUCCCUGUCAUCCCUGCAGCACAUGUGCAGGAGGACUCUGAACAGCCAGGGCCUGGGUGGGGCUGAGCGGCUGCCGCACACGCUCAAAGACUUCCUGGAGGAGUACGACGCCCCCAUAUGACUGAGAGGGCGCUGGGCUCGGACCGGUUCUCAGCGUGGGACGUGACCGAUAGAAGAGGUAAACGGUCAACCUUCUCCCGAUGACUGACUUAGACGCCGAGGAAAGCCUCGUAGAAGACUAAAACAAGAAAGCGUCUUGUGUACAUGCGUUCACACGGGACCAAGCUCGACUUUUUCUUCUUUUUUUUAAAAAUCCAAAACCGGCUGCAAAAACACCAUGGUGAUGAUCUUGAAGAUGGAGAAAGAAGAACGGCAGGAAAUGAAAUGAAGAAGAAGUCGGGGGGGGGGCAUAGUCGAACAAAAAGCGACGCCUCGCGCUUCGAGGAAAUGACACGCGGACGCCCCAGAGCCAAAAUGGCGUCCAGUCUUAAGAUUUUAUUUUUCUUUGUAGUCCUCAUCUCAUGAAGCAUGUUUGUCCAGACUCAGAGGGUCCUCGGCUUACGACGGAUUUACGUUUCUAUGAUGGCGAUGUAACCCGAAUUUGUUCUCUAGUUGCAACGCGCCAAAUCACCAGUAUAGUUCAAGCCAUAAUGACAGUAUUUGUUUGAAAAACACACAAUCCCAUGUGUAGUGGUAACUGAACGUGCCUUCUUCUGUGGCCUGACGAUAUAUUCUUACAGCGUAGCGCAAAUUGCUUCCUUUAUUGUGCUGGGACCAUCGGAAUUGAAAGAAAAUCAAAUCGACGAGCCGGACAUCCUACCUUGCAGUCCCACCAGAAACCAUUGGGGGCGAUGUUGAGAUUAGCGACUCCAGCCAAAUUUUUAGUCUGAAAUGCACCGUAGCCUGUCACUAACCUAUUUUCGCAGAGGAGUGAAGUCAUUGUCACAGUUAAGUACGGUGGUAACAGCAUGCCUUUAUGUGUCAUGUGACCGCGUAUUCUAACAAGUUCAUUGCGUCCCACUCGCAACGUCAAAACCUCAUUCACUGGAAUCAUCGUAAUGUCUCGGCCGCGUCUCCUGACUGACUAAUUGACACACUUAGCAAACAUUAAUUGCGAAAGUUAUUGUGAAAGUUGGGGGCGUAAAAAAAAAAGAAAGUGAUAAAAAGGUAUGUCACAUGCUUUGAAUGAGGUCAAAAGAAGCGCCAUCUGGUGGACAAACUUGAGAGCCAAUACAGGGGUGUCCUCAUUUCGCAAAGCGUGGCGUUCAUAAAGCCGGCGAUGUAAACGGAAUUUGUACGCACGUCGGAAUGCGGUCACCGAAAAUGUAAAAAGACAAACAGGAACCUUUGAGACCUUGUAUUUGGCAACCGUCGUGAAUCGAGGGACCCCCUGUACAUGCUUUUCAAAUGACAAUAUGGAAAUAUCACUAUUUAUAAAUACAUGCGCAUACAUAGAUGCACGAGUGCAACCCCGUGAAGGCCGCGCACUCAUUUCGCAUCCGUAUCAUUAAUUCAUCGUGGCGAGCCGCGUGACGUCAUCAAAGGCGAGCAUUGAUUCGUCAAUUGAAUACGGCUCAGUUGCGAAAGGCCGGAGAAAAUAUUCAUAAUGAAUCCAAACGCCUGCUUUUCCUUUAUACCGUAGGUCACUUUGUUCAGUAUUACUCACCACAUUUCAAAGGUUAGCAGUAAGCUAAAAGAGUUUUUGACACUCUGAUACAUGACGGUCACCGAAUUAAAGAUUUGCUAUUGAUUGCUUAUGUCAUUAAGGCUCAUGCCUGAAAACUCAAGUUUGUGGAGGACUCGUGAAAACUUGCUCAUGAGAAAGUUAGCAAAAAUUGGCCCCCCGACAAGAGUUUUACUGAUUUACCUGAAAUUCAGCAGACGUGUGUAGCAUAUCAAGAUGCACGAAAGAGUCUCAAGGGCCCAUGCCCAAAAUUGAACGGGAAGUCGGCCAUUUUGUUUUGGGCGGAUGACGAAUUUCAAUCUUCAUUGGGUAUAUGAGACAGUCGGCCCAGUAAUAGUAGUAGCUUUGAUUUGAAGUACCCUGCGACGCCAUUUUGAUCAAAAUUGCGUGGACGGAAAACGGCUCAAAGAGCCAUACCCGAAACUGAACAGCAAGUUGCUUUUGGUUUUUCUUCCAGUCGUACCUCUCAACAACACGUCUUCCACUCCCCACCCAAAAGGGGACUUUUUUUUUUUUUUUUUUUACUUAUUUUAACACUCAUCUUUGCUUAAAAUGAAAAAAAAAAAAAACCUCUUGGAAUGGCGCUAGCUAACGUGAUCCACUCGGGAGCUGCCAUCCAAAACACUAAAAACACAAUCUGACAAGUCAUAACGUUUGUGCUGGUGGACCCGCCGUCAAUGUCACGUCAUGUGUAUGUAUGUGAAAUCAUUUUGUCUUUUAUAAAGACUCCAGUUAACCACAGCCGGCUGGUGGCCACUUAGUGUGGCACGACACAAGCUGUAAUCUCAACAACAACAACAACAACAAAAAAGCAAGAAGAAUAAAUGAGGAAAAAAAAAUGGAACGUUGCACAUAUUUAUAUUUCUAAAAUAUUUCAAUAAUUUAUAUUAAAGAGCACUAUUUUUACAAAAGCCAA